UGUAUUCAUAUAGCUAUGGAUUGGAGUCAGAGGUUGCAGCUCUUGCUCUUCUCACUCCUCUGUCUCACUGGCAACUCCAAGGCAGUAGGAGAGCUCUGUGUGGACAAAGGACGAGAAACUGAGUGGGUAUUUUCAAUUUCCGGUGAUGCUGCCAUGUUGACAUCCACCCUGUUGGACCUCAACGUGUCUGACAACCGCAGCAUCCCCUAUAAGAUAUCAUGGUAUUACCUAAGGACUGGGACAGAGCUGACCAGGGAGACAGGAAAGACUCUGGUGCGGGGGAAGACACUCUGGAUUUUUAACAUCACGAUGGAAGAUGCUGGAGACUAUGAGUGUGUUGUGAGACUACCCUCUGAGUGCUACAAGAAGGUUGCCUUGCUGAUUGUGAACCACACCAACCCAGAAGAAUGCGGUCGACCAGAAAAGGCCCAACAGGUCCUGACCAACACAGCCACCUCUUUCCUGAACUGCCCAUUGAGUGAGCAUAUCAGGGAAGUAGACAACUACUCCAUCCAGUGGUACAAGGGCUGUGAACCCAUUGUGGAAGAUGAUCCCUUGUGGAACAGGUUUAGUUAUGUCAGUCACAGUGCUGUGGAGUUACUCCGAGUAGAAGUGGUCACCCUUGAGGAUCAUGCGUUCUACACCUGCACCAUGACCUUUAACUUGGAAGGGUUCAGCAGCAGGAUCUCAGAGACCAUCAACAGUAUGGUGGACGGUGAGUAUUGUUGGCACAGCUCAUAAAAGUUGUCCAUAACCACAGAUCUAGGAACAGAUUAUUACCAUAUACCCCCAAUCCUUACCACAGCCAUUACAGAGACAGUAACUUCAGAAAGUAUUCACACACGUUGACUUUUUCCACAUUUACAUUACAUUACAUUUAAGUCAUU